AUGAUCCAUUCAGUACUAAUAUUCAAUAAUGAUGGUGUGCCGAGACUAAUGAAAUUUUAUACAAAUGUUGAUAUACAAACUCAAAGACUACUAUUACAACAAGUUCAUCAAUUAAUAUCCGUACGAACAGCUAACGAGUGCUCGUUUAUAACACCACCGAAGUUAUUGGAGGAUCUCGAUGAUAUUAAAGUGAUUUAUCGUCAUUAUGCAACUUUAUAUUUUGUUUUUAUUGUAGAUGAUCAAGAAUCAGAAUUAGGUAUAUUAGAUUUAAUUCAAGUAUUUGUUGAAUGUUUAGAUAAAUGUUUUACAAAUGUUUGUGAAUUAGAUUUAGUUUUUGGAUGGCAAGUUUUACAAACAGUAUUGGAAGAAAUUGUACAAGGUGGAAUGGUUAUUGAUACAAAUAUUGGAAGAAUUGUUGCUGCUGUCGAUGAGGCAAAUAUGCAAAAAAAUGGUACAGGUGGAGCAAGUGGAAGUAUAGGUAGUAAUCCAACUUUAGGGCAGUCGAUACUACUGUCAUUAUCACGAGAUAGAGGUUUUUGGAGUCGAUAG